AUGCGCUCAACCAGGCCAGCCGACCUUGCGGUUCUCUUCUCGCUCCUAUCCUUGGGAUUUGAUGUAGCUGUUGUGAUACAAAAGGCUCCCGAGGAGUGCUUGAUACCCGCCACACAGAUAGCUCUAAAGCUUCUUCUGGUCGCAACAGAAAGCCGAAGCAAACGACGGAUUCUCAAAAGUCCGUACUCUACCCAAGCUCCUGAGGAGCUCGCAGGACUUCUCAGCAGGGUAUUCUCCUGGUGGAUCAACCCUAUCCUCGCUUUGGGAAAUAGGAAAAUACUUUCUGGUGAUGAUCUACCUCCAAUUGACCACCUCCUUCGAUCCGAGAAGCUCCGUCGCGAUGGUUUGAAGGCGUGGGACCAGAGGGCCAGACCAUUGAACAAGAUUGCACUACCCAUCUGCCUCGCCAAGAGUAUGCUACCUCAGUUUAUGGCACCAGUCAUCCUUCGGUUAUGCCUGAUAUUCUUUCGUUACGCACAGCCGGCUCUCAUUAGUUCUGCGGUUCAUACACUAAGCAGCCACUCCGAUGGGACGGUGUUUGAAGCAGUUUACCACCAUCGUUUGAACCGACUCAGCAUCAUGACUAAAGGGACACUCGUCGGACUUAUUAAUAACACAACCCUGCGUCAAUCAUCUGCUAGCUACAACGAUGGGAUAGCCCUCACUCUGAUUAGCACAGAUACAGAGAGCGUGAUGAGAUUCUCGAGCAUGUUCCAUGAAACUUGGGCACAUGUCCUUGAGGUCAUGAUCGGGAUGGCAAUGUUGGCUAGGCAAAUUCGUUGGGCCGCCCCAGUACCUCUGGUGAUUAUCUUCCGUGAGACUUCUUCCAGUUCGGAUUUUCUCUUCACCGAGACUUUACUUCAGAGGCUUCGAGCCCAAGAAUUAGAGAUGGCGAAGAAAGUGCGGUGGAUGAUGGUCGCGUAUAACGCUAGUGCCAAUGCGCUCGGAAUAUUCUCUCCUAUACUAACUUUUGUCAUAUUCGUCAUGUAUGCUAACCUCCGCGGGUCGACUCUCGAUGCCAAGACUGCGUUUACGACAACAGCGCUUCUUGGACUGGUAACCCAUCCCGCAAACAUGAUCAUGACUAUUGUGCCCCGUGCCAUCGGCUCUUUGGCCGCUUUUGGAAGAAUCCAAGACUAUCUUGUCCGGCCUGGUCGAGCUGAUGAGAGACGCUUAUUGAAGCCAAAGAUGAAGGAUGAUGAAUCUUCACCGGCGAUUUACUUGGAAGGCGUCAAUGUUCAGUCCCAAUCAUCGUCCCGUCCGGUUCUCGAAAACAUCAAUCUCAGCAUUAAUAAAGGCUCAAUAAUCGUAUGCGCUGGGGCAGUUGGAAGCGGAAAGACAGUCCUCGCCCAAUGCAUUCUAGGCGAGAUUCCUACGUCGAAGGGUACAAUCUCAGUGUCCACCAAGCGGAUUGCUUGCUGCGAGCAAUCUCCCUGGUUGCCGGGCGGAACUCUGAAAGAAGCGAUUUGUAGCUUCGGAAAGUUUGAGCCUGGCUGGUAUAGGCAUGUUGUUGAGCUUUGCUGCCUCGAUCAGGAUAUUUCAGCCUUGCCGCUCGGGGACAACACUGUGAUUGGGAGCCGGGGUCUGAAGCUCUCGGGAGGUCAAAGACAGCGUUUAUCGCUCGCCCGCGCGGUCUAUGCUCGGUGCGAAAUUGUGCUUCUUGACGAUAGCUUCUCAGCUCUCGACCACAACACAGAACGGAAGGUCGUUUCUAAUCUGCUAGGAACGCAGGGCCAUUUCCGUAAGAUAGGCAUUACAGUUGUUUUAAUUGCUAACUCCACUAAACACUUUGACCUGGCGGACUCGAUUGUCAUUCUUGAGAACGGAAGGGUCACCUACGAAGGGCCAUCGAACAAAAUGAGGGAAGAAGCGACACAUUUACGUCAGACGCAUAUCAAAUUAGCGGUGGCUGAAGCCAACACCAAUCUUGUCGAAACGAACAAGACAAUCCAGAGCCAGACUCUCGAAGUAACCGAGGCCAUGGUUGAUUUGGGCAGAUCAACUGGAGAUUUCUCCCUAUAUGGAUACUACCUGAGAGCUUUGCACCCGCGGAACUUCUUCAUACUUAUCGGUUGCACAGCUUCAUACUCAUUCUUUGUGACCUUUCCACAGUACUGGCUGCAGAAGUGGACGGAAUCUCCAGGCUCUCAGACGACAUUCUAUAUCGGAGGAUACAUCAUCCUUUCACUCCUGGCCUGGACAGCCACGAAUGGGUCAAUGUGGUUCAGUGAAGAUAUGCAGCUCGUUGACAAGAGCCUACCUCCAGCGAUCCUUUCUCUUUCCAACCAAAUCUUCAAGCUUCUGGUGCAGGCCGCUCUCCUUUUCAGUGCCCAGAGACUGCUGGCUGCCACGCUGCCAAUUUGUGUUUUGGUAGUCUACGUUGUACAACGGGUAUAUCUACGGACAUCUCGUCAACUUCGUCUGCUCCAAUUGGAAUCGAAAUCUGCUGUUUACUCAAGCUUUCUUGAGUCCGUCGAGGGUGUCGUCAGCAUCCGGUCGUUCGGCUGGGUGAAGCAAGCUGAGACGAAUAGUAUGCAGUGUCUCGAUAAGUCGCAGCAACCAGCUUACAUUCUUCUCUGCUUGCAGCUCUGGCUGAACAUUGUUCUAGACUUAGUCAUUGCUGCCAUGGCCGUGAUUUUGAUCACUUUGGCAGUCUUCUCGGAGGGCAGCACAACAGCUGGACAGAUUGGGAUGUCGUUGAACAUUGUUCUUGUCGCUAACUCGACGCUUUUAGCCCUUGUCACAUCUUGGGCGAAUUUGGAGAUAUCUCUAGAAGGAGAAACUGUAGCGGAAGAACAGCUAGCGCCCGGAGCAAUAAUCCCCGAGUCUUGGCCUUCGCGCGGGGCAGUUCAGAUCCGUGACCUUACAGUCUCUUACGAAGAGAAACACGUGCCUGCAUUGAAUAAUGUUAGCAUAUCCAUUGAACCGGGUCAGCAUUUAGUGAUUUGCGGUAGGACUGGCAGUGGGAAAAGCACUCUCCUUCUCGCCUUGCUCCGUCUUCUCAAUACUCAAUCAGGAUCUAUUGAAGUUGAUGGCAUUGAUUUGAGCCUGGUUCCUCUGUCAACAAUACGAGAGCAAUGUUUCAUCACCGUGACGCAAGAUCCAUUUCUGCUCGCACAGGCUAGCCUUCGUUUCAACUUGGACCCUUCAGAAACUCUUUCCGAUAGUGUAAUCAUGAAGGCACUUGAACGAACUGGGCUUUGUGGACAUUUCGGCAUUAACACGCAGGCAAACCUGGUAGACAUCCUGGACGACCCUCUCAGUUCAUUGCCUCACAUGUCAACUGGGCAAACACAGCUAUUUGCCUUGACCAGAGCUAUCCUCCGAGUAGAACAUUCUUCAAUUACAGGAACAAAACCUAUUCUACUUCUGGACGAGGCGACUUCAUCAGUUGAUGGUGUCGCAGAAUCUAUCAUGCGGGGUAUCAUUAAAGAGGGGUUUACUGAUAACGGACAUACUGUGAUCGAGAUAACCCACCGGUUGUCUGGUUAUGAGGAUAUCGCUAGAACUGGAGGGGAGAGUCGACGGGUGAAAGUGGUUCUCCUUUCGCAGGGGGAGAUUCAGAGUCAGGGAAGAAUUGAGGAUAUGCUCGAUUUUGGCAAGACGGCUUAG